UGUUGAUAGGACUCUAACUUUUGAGGACGAGCUAAAUAUUUAAAUUCAUCGGCGUCCGGCUUAAUAAAGGUGACAACUACAAUAAGAACCACAAUGAUAGAACCACAAUGUAAAUCUCAUUCAGUACAAUGGAACAUCUUUAAAAAGUUCAGCGGCCUCCUACUGUAUGGUGUGUUUCUUAUGGUAGGUUCCUCAGAUGUUAGUGAUUCACGCUUCCUUGUUAAGGAAUUGCCAGGUCUCAUUGGUGAACUUCCUUUCACACUCGAAACUGGUUACAUUGGCGUUGGAGAUUCCGAUGAUAUACAACUAUUUUACUACUUCUUCGAGUCUGAAAGGGAUCCAAAAAAUGAUCCUCUCAUCCUUUGGCUCACCGGUGGGCCUGGUUGUUCUGGUCUUUCAGCCAUCCUCUAUGAAAUAGGUCCAUUUACUAUCAACUAUGAAAAUUCAACUUUGGAGAAACCAAUGCUUACGAUAAACCCGUAUAGUUGGACGAAGGAAGCAAAUAUAAUAUUUGUAGAUCAACCUGCUGGGACGGGAUUCUCAUAUGCGAAAACUCAAAUAUCUUACAUAACAAACGAUACAUUAGCAACAAUGCAUGCUUACCAUUUUAUGAGAAAGUGGCUUAUGGAUCAUCCAAAAUUUCUCACCAACCCAUUUUAUGUUGCUGGCGAUUCAUACAGUGGCAUAGUAGUGCCAAUGAUGGCCCUGAGAAUAUAUAAUGGUAAUGAAGUUGGAGAAGAGCCAAAUAUCAACAUCAAAGGGUAUAUAAUUGGUAAUCCGGCAACCGACAUGUAUUCUGAAUUUAAUUCAAAAAUUGAAUCUGCCCAUCGUUUGGCACUCAUAUCAGAUGCAAUAUACAAGUCAGCUAAAGAAAAUUGCCAUGGAAACUAUUUGAUCGUAGAUCCCAACAACACCCUAUGCAUUCAUGAUCUUCAAGUGGUAAAUAAGUGCCUUGAAAGAAUUGAUAUACGUGAUAUUUUAGAGCCUUCUUGUGACACCACAUAUACCAGAAAAUAUGAUAUCUUUAGAAGGGGCUUAACAUCAUUACCUCAUGUUAAGAAACAAUGGUGUCGUGAUGAUAACUAUUUAUAUGCUGCUCCAUGGGCUAAUAGUAGAGAGGUACGAGAGGCUCUUCACAUUCACGAGGAUUUUAAAGAAAUUGAGUGGGUAUUAUGCAAUGCAAGCUUGAGUUUUGUAUCACUUAAUACAGAACCCAUAUCUUACACGUAUAAUGUUAAAAAUGUUAUUGACUAUCAUCGACGCCUUUCAUAUAAACAAUGUCGAGCUCUUGUAUACAGCGGAGAUCAUGACAUGGUUGUUCCCUAUUUUAGUACAUUGAAAUGGCUUGAAUCGCUAAAUUUUCUUGUCAUAGAUGAUUGGAAACCAUGGUUUGUCGAGGAACAAGUAGCUGGGUACACCAUCAAAUUAAACUACAACUACAACUACAACUUGACAUUUGUGACUGUAAAGGGAGGAGGUCACACAGCUCCUGAGUUCAAACCGAAAGAAUGUUUAAGCAUGAUUAUGGGGUGGCUUUCUAAUGCCGACCUUUAAAGAAUAGCCGCAAAGUUUAUGUUUGAUGUUUUCUCUUUCUAUCAUAUGCAUCCUUCUGUAUGUGUGUAUUUUACUAAUUUAUGUAAAUCAAUCUCAAUUGAUAAUGUAACGUGUUUAUUUAAAUUUUAUCUUUAAAUCCUUAUGUCAAUAUUGUAAGACACUUGCAAAAGUUGUUGAGAUAUUUCACGUUGUCUUAUUUUUGUUAUCGUAACAUAUUUCUAGUA